AUGGUACCCUUAUCUGUGAUUCAAGAUGACGAAGAACAUGCCAUGCAUUAUGCUCAAAGUCUGCCCUACGUCGAUAAGCUAGAGCAUGAAGCGCAAGAUUGGCUCAAUGAUAUACGCAGUAAUCUUGUCAUUAGCAUUCAAGCAAAGGAUUACACCGGCGGAGCCGUUGCCUGGACGAAACGCUUAGCCAACUAUUUGGACAUGAAACAUGCAAUUUCCCGGGAAACAAGAGCUCAUUUAGCGAAGAUUUACUACGAAAUGCUUGUCAUGCCAGGCAUGAAUUAUGCUCUGCUUGAAUUGUGGUCAAACACUUGUGUGCGAUUAAUCAAACAUAAAAAGAGACUGGACCCUGAUGAUUUGACACUCGAGUGGCGACCUCUAUACGAGCUGAUCCGCAGAUCAUUGUUUCCCAAGAAACGCAAUGCAUUUCUGAUGGCCAUGCAUCCAGUGCUCCGAGCCGUGGGUUACAUGCAACGAUUCUUUCCAGCCAAUGCCACCAAGGAGAUAUUGGAGGAAUUUCUGCCUCACUUUACAACGCACUCACCUUCAGACGCUAUUCUGACAGAAGGAUAUCUUGUCUACUUUUUGCCAGUCGACUAUAAACCUCAACGAACAGUACAAGCACAAGACUACCUACCAACAAUCUAUUCAUUAUGGUCCAUGUACACAAAUUCAAACGCAUUUGAUCCGCAACUACUAUGUCUGGUUUCCAAAAUCGCAAAGCACCAGAUCGAGCAUGGAGACAAUGAAAUUGGCGUGUUUUCAAAGCAGCAGGUCAAGAGUGUGUUUACAUAUGCUUUGAGGGCGUUUAAUCUGCCAGUGGGUAGUCGCAGUGAUGGCAGCAGUUCAGCAGGAGGAGCGACCACUGGAUAUGGAAGUGCUGGAUCGAGAAAUGACAAGAAGCUUGGUAGCGCUGUCUAUCUUUGCAAGAGAGGGCCUACUGAAAAAUUCUCGCAACUAGCUCGUUUCAUGGUGUAUACCAUCAUGCCUGAUCAAGAGAAUAAGGACACCAGUUACGCUUUGUCCUUGUUAUCUGAUUUUAUCCAGGCGACAGAGCUUUAUUUUCAUCCCUCCAAUCAUGGCAUGUGGUCUUGGUGGUUGACAUUUUUCCUGCGUUACCUAACAAGCACCUUCCUGAGUCGCUGGAAAGAGGAGCAAAAGGAAGACUGCACCACACCGCCACACCGUCGAUUGACGCCUAGCAUACGCAGAGAAUUCGUGCUGACAUUGAGAUCAGUAUUGUAUAUCAGUAUGUUUGGUAAAGACCAUGCCGUUGUGACACUGAGUCAGGGCAGCAUAAAGAAUCUCGCUUGGCUGGAGCCUGCCAUCAUCUUUCCUGGAUUGCUGGAGCGUAUCUACCCCUCUCUGGAGACACUGACUGAAACACAUCGUACAAACAGUGCCAUCAACAUCCUCAAAGACAUUGCAUCGCCCUUGAUCUCUCGUGAAAACUACCCAGCGGGUGGAAAGCAUUUAUUGCCUCUGCUACACUUGUCCAUCCCAGGCAUUGACAUGAACGAUCCCAGCAAGACACUCGGCUCGUUCUUCUUUAUCUCUAUUGCACUCAUGUCUGUCCCCAUCAUUGAUAUGUCACAGCAACAAGAUGGCUACUAUCCCACUGAAGAAUUCAUCGAUGAUCCGCAUGCUGAGCUAUCUCGAGAGACAGAGGACUACCUUGUCAAAGCGACUACGGGAGAAUUUGAGGAAUGGCUUGCUAAAUUCAUGCGCCGAGUAUUCACCAUUUUCGAAAACUUGCCUCAAGAGAACCGCAAGAUGCAGGGCCGUAGCAGCAGCAACCCAACUAUCGAGACUGCCAUCACCCAGACCCUCUUGCACGCUUGUGAUACCAUCUUUGGUCAAUUAUCUGACGAUUUGUAUGAUUUGGUUUUGCGCAUGAUGGUGGAAUUCAUCUCGGAUCGUGUCUUGCCAAAUGCUGUUCGUGUGGUGGGCCUCUUGUGUGAGGCCAUCGCGAAAGCAAACCCCCAAAAGGCAGCCAAAGCCUUUAUUCCCCUCUGUAUCGCCAACAUUCAGGUUGAGCUGGAACAUGGUGCUGCUUCUACAGUGACUCAUGCUGCCUCCUCCAAUUUGAUUCAGUCCGAUUCCACCUUUCACUGGUACCAAAACAUCCUAUUCUCUGUGAUCCGCUUUUUAGGCCCCGAGCUGCUGCCCUACAAGCAAGAUGUUGUCUCUGUCGCUCAUGCCAUGAUCCAGCAGUGCCGUAGUCGUCGUGGUAUCAUGUGGACCGGCAAGCUGCUGCGAAAUGUACUCUCUACUUUGCUUAAUGUCUAUCCAAAGGACUACAGAAGCGUAGUGCCUUCUCUAUGGAAUGAUAAAGAAUACAUGCUUAAGCACGCACAUCAGCUGUGGGGCCAGCCUGGUGAUCCUGCCAACCUAGAGAUCGACUGGCAUGUUCCAUCUGAGGCUGAAAAGAACUUUGCCCUGGAAUUUCUAGCUGAAUUCUUGGCUCCCGCAAUGCAGCGACUGGAAGAACUCAUUCAACAAAACCCUGCCAACAAUCAUCAAGUCAGUAACGAAUUCUGUCGCAAUUUAGCAGUGGUCAGAAACUGUCUGAUGGGAAGCUCUGCCAUGGUGGGUGAUGACGGCGUUUCUAGCAGCUUGGAUCAGAAAGAUGCCAUGGUGGUGGAUGAAGACGACGACGAUGAUGAGAGUAUAGAACGUAUGCCAGAACAGCAUUUGGAAGUAGGCUAUGCCUUCAACGAUGCUGCUGAUCCUCGUACAGAACAAGCCCGCACUAUCCGUCGCUCGAUGGGAGAGCUCAUUCACAAGUUGUCUGAUUUCUUUCGCUCUCACCGUGAAGAUGAUGUGGAAAGUGUCAAGAUAUGGAUUAAGAUUGCGCGCGCCUUUCUCAGUGAACGAGGUGUUGAGAAAUCAGUGUUUGACAACAAGAAGCAAAACUACAGCCUUGGAAAGGACAUUAGCAAGACGCCUCACUGUGGCAAAAAGUAUGCUCGUAACUUGCUGGUGCGUCGUGCCUACAAUCAUCAUUUGCUGCGUCUGCGCCAGAACAAUCAAUCACGUCUUCGCACACCUCUGCAUGAUGCCAUCUUGUGUGAUUUGCUUGAACUGUCCCUGGGUUCCUAUGCAGAGAUUCGAAAGCUGAGUCAGAGUGCCUUGUCUGCUACAUCUCGCUCGUUCCGCGGCUCCAAGAAGCUGUUUAUUCCUGUCUUACUGGACGCCUUAAAGCCCAAUGUGCCAUCAGAUCGCAUGAAGGGCGCCUUGUAUUUGUUCUCUCACAAGUCCAUUUUGCAUCCCUGCUUGAGAGACUGGUCGUACAUUCCCACCUUUAUCAAGGCCAUUUGUAGUGCACAGCAUCAAGACAAACUGACUAUCCAGGAGCUGCUGAGAGACAUCCACGACCGAUACAUCAAAUCCUUUAACUCUUUCAUAUUCAAGACCCUGACGCCUGAUUCCAUGGCCAACUACGUCAAGCCCUUGUCACCAUCCACGACAGAGGAUCCCAACUUUAGCAAAAGGGUAUCGCUAGUUGAGCAGCGCGUCAACGCCAGGUUGGAAAAGAACACUGCGGCCUGCCGUGAAGUGAUGGACUUUCUACUUGACUUUAUUCAAGAUCCUCAGGUGCACUGGCGAUUCUCCACCAUGUCAGCUGAUUUCAUCAAGAUGUUGCUCAAGUGUGAAGUGAGUGCCUCCCGUCGUCUUGCUGAAUUUGCCAAUAGAGCUACUGUGUCUGAGCUACCGGACAUGCGUGAUGUAGGUCUGCGUGCGACUACCGUGUUGCUGCUGUACAUCAAGCAACGUACCUUUGCUGCUGGCAAUGAAGAGCUGCUCAUCACUGGCAAGACCAGGAACCCUCUAAAGGUAGACAUGCAAGUGCAAGACCCCGAAGACUUUGGCAUGGGACGACGCUUAUUGGAUGCUACGUAUCAGGGCUUGACACCCGAAAAUGCGCAAGAAAGCGUGCUGAUUGAUAACAUGGCGCUUGGUUGGUAUGUCUGGCCUUCUCACUACACUGGCUACAAGGUCAACACCAAUGACUUUUUGUUUGAUACGGUGGCUGCUGAGUGUCAAGAAGCCUACGACGAGUUCCAAAAGACGUUCAGCACGUCUGAUUACUGGCGCAAGAUGUGUGCUUACCUGUCUGAGGAAAUCAACCCCAAAGAGGAUGUCGAUCGCUUCGAAUCCAUUCAUGCUUCGCUCUUUAAAAGCAUCUUCCAGACGUUUGGUGAUGUGCCCUUGACGUGUGCCAAAGAGCACAUUGAAAAGCUCUGCUAUGCGGUUGACCAAAAGAAUGCUCAACGUGCUGCUUCGGAGAUGCUGGCUGGUCUGAUUCGCGGUACCAAGCACUGGAGUCUUGCUAAAAUGGCCCAACUGUGGCAGUGGCUGACACCUCUUCUCAGCAAGGUCUUUAGUUCCAUCACACCUGAUUCACUGACUUACUGGGAGUCUUUUGUGCAUUAUGUGACCAACCGUCGUGAUCCUCGCAGAAUCCAGCCCUUGAUUGAUCUCUUGCUGGAGGCUGAACUGGAUCCUACCUCUGAUGCUGCUUUCAACGAGUCUAGAAAGCUCUUGCUUGUGCGCCAAGUGGGAGUCUCUUUGCAAUGGCGUUUUGAGCCUCUGAUUCAUCGUAUUCUGCCUACGUAUCUGAACAAUAUACAGCAUCCUUACAAGCAGGUGCGUGAAGUCAUUGGCGUGAAUAUCAAUCAACUGCUGCAGCUGGAAUGGAUUCCUUCUUUCCCGUCGGUCCAGAGACUCUUGACUGCCAAUGCAAUGACAGAUGGUGUUGGUAACGUGCCUACAACUUUGACAGAACGGCAACAACAGAGAAUCAAUAUCUUGAACAGCAGUCUGGAUGCUUGGCUGGCUGAGAUGCAACAGAACAGCGCUUCCGUUUUAAGUGGAUCCAGUGAUUACGCACAUGCUAGCAAGACAGUGCUCUGCUGGCUCCAUGAAGCCAUGAACUACUGGAAUGUGUCUGGAACAUUACCAUAUAUAGUACCCAUGCUACCCAAGAUCUUUGCCAUGCAAGAAAUCAACGACGACCAAGAUCUGCAAGCCAUGGCGACACGAGUACUCAAUCUAACUGCUCAAGUCAACUAUCCUGCUUCCAUGCUGCCUACGCUGAUUGAUGAGUUCCUCGAGAUCCUGACUACAUCCACCAACUGGCACAUUCGCAUCAGAGCGUUGCCUGUGUUGCAAAUCUUCUUUUUCAAGCAUUUGUUUGUCAUGACCAGUGCUCAACUGUUGCGCAUCAUGCAAGUGGUGGGACAGUUGCUCUUGGAUACGCAAAUCGAAGUACGACAGCUGGCCUCGGUGACAUUGGGCGGUUUAGUGCGCUGCUCUCAAAGAGACGCUAUUCAGGAGCUGCUGACAGAGUUCACUGCCAGGAUCCAGGUCAAGAUUCCAAAGCGUAAGCGAGACAAGGUGACGGGAAGAAAUGUAGAGCCCGAGGGAUUUGCAGAGGCCGUUCUGCACAAGCAUGCUGGUGUGCUUGGUAUCUCGUCAUUGAUCAAUGCGUUCCCUUACGAGGUGCCUGAAUGGAUGCCUGUCACUUUGUGUCAGUUGGCUGAUUGUAUCUCUGAUCCAGCGGCUGAGAUUCAGGCAACCAUCCGAAAGACAUUUUCAGACUUUAGAAGAACACAUUCAGACACAUGGCACGAGGAUAUGCUCAAGUUCAACGAAGAUCAGUUGUCAGUGCUCAAUGACAUGUUGAUCUCACCAAGCUAUUAUGCUUAG